GCUGAUUGUGUGUCUGCAGAUCACCCCGUCUCUGGCCCGGCUGAGGGACUUCCUGUGUGGGACGCUGCUGUCCGUCCAGCAGGACCAGCUGUGUGCGGAGACCAGUCUGACGGAGACGGUGCAGCGGUUCGUCCGCCUCCUGGAGGACAAGCGUCUCAUCACCGUGGCGACAGACUCCAAGGGGGGGCACACCCUGCAGGUCACCAGGCUGGGGAGGGCCACGUAUAAAGGCUCGGUGGAUCUGAGCUACAGCGAGGACCUGUACAGAGACCUCUCUAGAGGUCUGGAGGGUCUGCUGCUCAACAGCUUCCUGCACCUGGUCUACCUGGUCACCCCGUACGACAUGGUCGCACAGUGCAAGCCCGACUGGAUGCUGUUCUUCAGACAGGUACACAGCCUCUGACGUCAUAG